CUCCUUCUCCCUCUCCCUCUCUCUCUCUCUCUCUCUCUCCUGCUCCCUCUCUCCCUCUCUCUCUCCUGCUCUCUCUCUCUUGCUCUCAUACAUGGUUGUGUAAAUCUGGGUUUGAUUGUAAUGGGGAGUAGUCUACUCCGGGCUCUGCUGUGCUCUGCUUUUACAACCUUAUGGAUGUACUGGAACGCUUCUCAGUUUGGUUUGAGCUCCGGUCGCAGACGCACUGGUCCACCUCCUCCUCCACCUCACUUUUUGACUGUGUUUGUUGCGCGCGUUUCUCUUGUCCUCCUUUUUUAAUAUUGUAACGAGGUCGAGUGUGAGAAGACACUUUUGCGUUUUUGGAGAGGACAAUAUCUGACGGAGGAAAGAAAGCUAAUUAGUGUGGAUCUCAGGGGGGACGUCCUUUUUAAAUUGAAAGAACAUUCACUGGGAAGGGCUCUGGUCGGCCUGAAGUGAAGGGUCACUGAGCACAGACACUCUCCUUCCACUGACUCACAAUUAUACACACAUAGAGGAAAGUCUCACACACACACGCACAGACAUAUUUCACGACGACACACACACCUUCACAUUUACACACUCUUGGGUGCACACACACACACACAGACUCAUCCGUGCAGACACACAUUCACACACACACUCAGGCCCUCUGAGCAGGAUGAGGGAACCCUGGAGGUGCCUGUUGGGCCUGUGCCUCCUGGCAUGCUCAGCCUCCACCCACAGCGCCGCCAACCCCUUCGCCGGGCAGCAAACCCCUCCGGACCCUUGCUAUGACGACACAGGCGCAGCCCGCCGCUGCAUACCAGAGUUUAUCAACGCCGCCUUCGGCAAGGAGGUGGCGGUGUCCAGCGUCUGCGGCCGGCCUCCGUCCCGCUCCUGCAGCGUGGUGGAGCGGGGCGACGAUCGGCCCUCUGUGCGAACAUGCCAAAUCUGCGACGGGGCCGACCCUCGCCGUGCACACCCUGCUUCCUACCUCACCGACCUCAACUCGGCCCACAACCUCACCUGCUGGCAGUCAGAGAAUCUGAACACCUCGCCACACAACGUGACUGUCACCCUAUCAUUAGGUAAGAAGUUUGAGAUCACCUAUGUCAGCCUGCAGUUCUGCUCGCCACGACCCGAGUCCCUGGCCAUAUACAAGAGCAUGGACUACGGCAAGACCUGGAUGCCCUACCAGUUCUACUCCUCGCAGUGCCGGCGUAUGUACAACCGGCCCAACAAAGCGACCAUCACCAAGCAGAAUGAGCAGGAGGCUCUGUGCACAGAUGGCCACACCGACCUCUACCCGCUGUCUGGAGGACUCAUCGCUUUCAGCACUCUGGACGGACGGCCCUCCGGCAAAGACUUCGACAACAGCCCCGUCCUCCAGGACUGGGUGACCGUCACCGACAUCCGCGUGGUCUUCAGCCGGCCCCAGCUGCCCCGGGAGCUGGCACUGGGCGCCGGUAGCAACAGCGGAGCGAGGGACGACGACCCCGCGGCGGUGACGUCGACGCUGCCAACUUAUUUCUACGCAGUGGGAGACUUCCAGGUGGGCGGGAGGUGCAAAUGCAACGGGCACGGCUCACGCUGUCUGAAAGACAAGGAAGGCAAACUGGUGUGUGACUGCAAGCACAACACGGAGGGGCCGGAGUGUGACCGCUGCAAGCCCUUUCACUACGACCGACCGUGGCAGAGGGCCAACGCCCGCGAGGCCAACGAGUGCCUACCGUGCAACUGCAACCUCCAUGCCCGUCGCUGUAGAUUCAACAUGGAGCUGUACAAGCUGUCCGGAAGGAAGAGCGGAGGGGUCUGUAUGAACUGCCGCCACAACACCGCCGGCCGCCACUGCCACUACUGCAAGGAGGGUUUCUACAGAGACAUGGCCAGACAAAUCACUCACCGACGAGCCUGCAAAGCCUGUGACUGCCACCCCGUGGGUGCAGCCGGCAAAACGUGCAACCAGACGACAGGCCAGUGCCCCUGCAAGGACGGCGUCACCGGCAUCACCUGCAACCGCUGCGCCAAAGGCUACCAGCAGAGCCGCUCCCCCGUAGCCCCAUGCAUCAAAAUCCCAGUGGUCAACCCCACAGCUGUGGUGAGCAGCACAGAGGAACCAGCAGCAGACUGUGAGUCCUAUUGUAAGCCAGUGAAGGGCAACCUGAAGAUCAACAUGAAGAAAUAUUGCAAAAAGGAUUAUGCGGUGCAAGUGAAUGUGCUGGACAUGGAGACGAUGGGGGACUGGGCCAAGUUCUCCGUUAAUCUGGUGUCCGUGUACAAGAGCCGCGGCGAGCCCCUGAAGCGAGGCGACAACAUCCUGUGGGUGCACAUGAAGGACCUGGCCUGCAAAUGUCCCAAGAUCCAGAUGAGCAAGCGAUUCUUGGUGAUGGGCGGCGACGGCGGGAUGAGCACGGGUACGGGUCCGGGGGUCGGGCCCGGGGGCGGAGCCACCAGUCCCGGGGCGGAGCGCGUGGGCCUAAUGGCCGAUAAGAACAGCCUGGUGAUCCAGUGGAGGGACGUUUGGACGAGACGCCUGAGGAAGUUCCAGCGCAAAGAGAAGAAGGGGAAGUGCAGCAAAGCGUGAUGGGAAAGCAGCCCUACCUCUCCCCGUCAUCGCCCACCUUCAUGAACCCUUACCCAGUGACCUCCCCCAUGUCCUCCACCCAUCACGGGAACACUGCACAUUAGAAAGACUGCAUGUACCCUACCUGUUUUAAGGACCACGUUUUGUGUAUAUUGUAUAAUUAUUUUCCUUUUUAUUUUUCAAGGUUUGUCUUUGUUGUCUUUUUUUUUUGUCCAACUGGUUUGCCUUAAAAAGGGACCAUUAAAAAGGGUAUGAAGUGUAGACAAAAGCAGACGCCAUUCCCUCCCUCGACGACGACGACAGCGGAAACGUCCACUCGUCCCCGACUACGACCCUUCAGUCUCUCCUUCCUGUCAACACUGACUGUCUCCUGCCACUUUGUUUGACAUAUUCCACCCUUCACACACUCCUCUGAGGAUUUUAUCCAACAGUGUUUGUCACUGACUGAUUUCAGCAACCAGACAAGCUACACAUCCCUCAGCUUGGCCUCUCCUCACGUUUCAUUGUCGAAACAACUCGGAUCAGCUGACAACCUCUCAACAUUUGCUGUUAAAAUGUUCAUAAAAAAUGGGCCUACUUGCUUUAGGUCUCUGCAGUAACUUCUACAGACUGAAACUCUUGUUCCGUGAGGAACCAAGGGCUCCCUUUGCAGGGACGUUUUCCACAGCAAACCUCAGUCUAACCACCACUGCUGCUGCCACCAGACAGUCCUCACACAACAAACUGCUCUUAUAUCUGCAACUAUUUGAUGCCACUGCUCAUAGUAGAGUUUAUAUUCUCCGUGUGGCUACUUUUAUCUCAUCCAUCCCAGCAUAUCCUUAUUUGAGAUAUAUCCUUUUGUUUCAUUUUAAGCAGAACAAACCCUGUUAGCAUGUGUGAGUCACAUUCCAGGCCUCCGGGGCUGCGCCUCUUCACCACUAGUCCCUUCUCAUGAGCGGUUUAUAAAGUCAUGCUUCACCAUCAUGACUCAUUGCUUGUCACUUUUUUCUGGAAGAAAGAUUAAGCGGUGUGGACAAAAUGGCUGGAAUUACACAACAAUACCAAUAUUUCCAAGGAGACUUUUGCUUUAUGGAUAAUGUCUUCCGCUGGCCUUCCAGAUGUUGCCGUGUGGCCAAUGUCAUUUGUUUGUAUUUAAAUGUCUGAACAUUUUCCUGAUGUGUCCAGCGACCGGCAGGCUUUUUGUUUGCCGAAAUAAGAGAUUUGAAACGAGCGUUCCUUUUCAUGCAGUAAAAAAAAGAAAAAAAAGUCGGAUAAACAACAUAAUCGUGUAUUUUCUCUAGUGUAUUU